AUGGCCCUGUGUCUGCUGUGUCUGGGUGUUAUUUUCCUGGGUGCCCUGAAGAUGCAAGCUGAGAAGUCUCUUCCAACUGCUACCCCAACUCCACCACUGAGCAAAUUCCCCCAGCAGCCAGACUUCCAGUAUGAACAGUUCCAGGGAAAGUGGUAUUGCGUUGGUGUUGCCCAGAACACGCAUUUCAAUGAAAGCCAAAACGAACCAGUCUUGCAAAACACCAUCUAUGAGCUAAAUGAUGACCACAGCUACAAUGUCACCUCUGACUGGGUCAGGGAUGGGAAAUGUGAACACGAUAAUGGGAUAAUAUUACCAACUGAUGAGCCAGGCCUGUUCUCCUUGCAAAAUGUGACACAUGCAUGCAUUGAAGAAGCUGAUGCUAUGGAUUGGGUAAGAUGGGGACAAAGGAUGAGCCUUAACACCCAUCCUACAGGUUAUGGUGGAGUACAGAAUUUCACUGUGCAAGUGCUAGAAACUGACUACAAGCAGUAUGCCAUGGUGUAUUUAGAGAGGAUUGUUCAUAACAUGGUGUUCUUUAAGCACGUGCUCUAUGGGAGGAAGAAGGAAUUGAGUCCUGAAAUGAAGGAGCACUACCGUACCGUGGCAAAAUCUCUGGGCGUCCCCGAUCGCUAUGUCACAUUCACUGACCAACAUGGUAAGGGGUAUCUGCAAUGA